AUGAGUGAUCGUCACAAAACUCCUCGAGUUUUUGCCAGUGGCUCUCAGAAGUGGAAAUUGCAGGCAGAACGGGUCGAGAAAUCCGAAGAAUCUUUAGCUAAAACACCCAGAUUAACCAGUUUUUUUACGUCGUUGAAUAAAGAAGAAAUCCCUCAAGAUCCUAAAAAAACAACUGGAGAUUCGACAGUAAAUAGAGAUGUCGAUAAUAUCCAAGAUAAUCCUGAGGGCCCGGAGGCUGAAGUUUCAUCAGGCGACACCAUACAAUUUUCUAUAACCGAAUCUCAAACCCAAAAAGAAGCAGAGUUGAGCAAGGAAUUAAGCGGUCUCAAAAAUGACAUAGGUCUUUGGCCUGUUAAUAUAACAAAGGAAAUGAUCGAUUAUUGGGCGAAAAAAGGUUCCACGGAACUUCAAAAUUGCGAUCAAGUAUCGUUGCAGAAUUUAGUUCCUCAAGAUCAACCUCGAGACACUUCCAACUUUAAUCGGAAAUGUACAAAGAACAUGUUUACACGCCGCAAUAAAAGUCAAGAGACCGUCAAUCGAUUCUGGCUUUACUUUUCUCCAACUACGGGGAAAAUAUAUUGUUACGCAUGUAAAUUGAUGUCCACUCAAAAUACGAAACUCAGUGGAGAAGGCUUCAGUGACUGGAAGCAUGCAUCUGAUCGUCUGUGUGAACAUGAGAUUUCGAAGACUCAUUUGGAAUCAGUGAUGAGUUUACUGCAACGGGGAAGAGUCACAGGACGCAUCGACCAAGAGCUAGCCAUGCAAGAGGCACAACAAAUCGAGUAUUGGCGAAAAAAUCUCAAAAUUAUCGUUAGUACGAUCAAAUUCAUUGCUGAACGCGGAUUGGCCUUUCGAGGUGACAAUGAAAUUGUUGGCUCACCGAGAAAUGGGAAUUUCCUGGGAAUUUUGGAAUUGUUAGCCGAGUAUGAACCAAUCCUGGCUACCCAUUUAAAAACGCAUGCAAACAAAGGGAGUGGUGAUGUCAAUUACCUUUCGUCCACGAUUUGCGAAGAACUGAUCAGUUGCAUGGGAGAUAAAGUCCUAACUGAAAUAGUAUCCAGGAUAAAAAAAUCCAAAUAUUAUUCGGUAUCAGUGGACUCUACUCCCGAUGAAUCUCACAUCGAUCAGCUAACUAUAGUUGUUCGAUAUAUGGAAGGAUCAAUGCCAAAGGAAAGAUUUCUUACUUUUUUACCAAACUGCGAUCAUAGUGGCAAAGCCACAGCAAACGCUCUACUCACAUUUUUAGGUGACCAUCAAAUAGACAUAAUGGAUUGCCGCGGCCAAUCGUACGACAACGCUGCAAACAUGAGUGGCAAAUACAAAGGGAUGCAGGCUCUUAUUUUGGAGAAAAACCAUUUAUCGGCGUUUGUACCAUGUUGUGGUCAUUCCCUUAAUUUAGUUGGAAAGGUAGCUGCCAACUCUUGUCCAUCAGCUGUUCAAUUCUUUGAUUUCGUCCAGAAUUUAUAUCCGUUUUUCACAGCAAGUACAGAACGAUACGGAAUUCUGAUCGAGAAAUUGUCGAAGAAAAAAAGCGGACAGUUUUACGUCUUGAAAAAGCUACGUGACACUCGUUGGUCCUGUCGAGCUGAAGCUACGAAAGCCAUAGUCGACGGCUAUUCAGAAAUCGAAGAAGCUCUAACCAGCAUAUCUUCCGAUAAAGAGCAAAAAGACAUCGCCAGGACUGAAGCAGCGCACCUUCUACAGAAGAUGAGUAGUCUCGAAACCGCUUUAUUCGCAAUCUUUUGA